AUGACUAAUCUGACAUCCUUGAAUCCCUUCACGCCUAAUCAAUUGUUCUGCCAAGCAAGUCCAGGGAAUCAAAAGAAAUCUAAUAAUUUUAAUAAUCCCAUUACUGUUGAGGAUGAUGAACCACAGUAAGUUUAGAAAUGUCACAAUUAAAAAUGCAAUAAUAAAGGUGAUCGAAAAACGAAAUCAAGAAAAGGGGAAGCUCUUUAAUUUUGUGAGAAAUGCCUGAGAUUAUACACUCGUGGAAAUUAUUGUGAUUUUUGUGAAUAGUUAUAUUCAAAUGGUACAAAUGAUUAGGAUGAAUAAGAAUGGAUACAAUGCGAUGCUUGCUAAAAAUGGGUACAAAUUAGAAUUAUAUCAAAGAAUCAUUUAAAUUGCGAAGCUAAAUUUAGGAAUCAAAACAUCAAAGAAGAAACUGAAAAUUAAGUUUAUCAUUGUUUGAGUUGUUCGAAAACAAUUAAAAAAUAAUAACAAUAAUAAUAACAGCAACAAUAAUAAUUAUAUCAAUAAUAGCAAUAAUAAUAACAACAAUAACAAUAACAAUAAACGAAUAUUCAAUAACCAAAGAAAAAAGAGAAAUCUAUAGAAGAAUACCAACCAAAAUAGAGACAAAAUAUUGAAUGCGAUGAUAAUAGAAUGCGAGAGAAAAACAUCAACUUUGUUGCCACUAAAGAUAACAAAAUUUAGUUUACAUUCAGAUUCAAUCUUUAUGAGGAUGAAAUUAAACAAGACUUAGAUUCUCUUCGAAGUGCAGGAAAAAAAAUGGUAAAGAAACAGAACGUUGUUGAUUCACCUAUUCUGAAGAUAAACCCUACUCCACAAUUGCAAUAAUAACAAUAGUAGCAAGAAGAGAAGAACUCUGAACAACAAGUAAAUAGCAGACUUAGAACUAGACCUAAUAAUAGAAAUAAAGUUAAUUACAGAUAUUUGGGAGGUGAAUGA